AUGGUCACCUAUUUGAACAUCAAUAUGAAGUUGAUUCUAAUGAUAGCUAUAACUCUGGUUAACUUUCAACUUAUGGACGCUGGGAAGGGAACGAACGGAGACAGCCUCAUGAAAAGGGAUUCUGUAACUAGCCCUGAAACCCAGCCGACCAUUUUGGAACGCUGCCUUAAUACCACCGAAUGCCUGGACAAUAAACAAAUUAAUAAAGAACUGAAGGAGAAUUGUGAAGACUGUAAAGAGGGAUACUGUCGUUUAGUUUUAACAUCAGAAUUUAAUUGUACCUCAAACAGUUGUAAGAAUGCGGGUACAUGUAUUGAUGAUGGAGAGACACAAGUCUGUCAAUGUCCUCCUGGUUUUUUGGGGAAAAUCUGUGAAUAUGGCAAGUUUGGAGGUAGAGCUGUCAAUGAUGACGAUGCCCAACGGCUGGAACGUAGAGGUGGUCCACAUGGUUCGCACGAUGGACACACUGGUAACCAUGGACACGAUAGUUUUGGACGUAGAGCUGUCAAUGGUGACGAUGUCCAACGGCUCGAACGUAGAGGUGGUCCACAUGGUUCGCACGAUGGACACACUGGUUACUAUGGAUACGAUAGUUUUGGACGUAGAGCUGUCAAUAUUGACGAUGUCCAACGGCUGGAACGUAGAGGUGGUCCACAUGGUUCGCACGAUGGACACACUGGUAACUAUGGAUACGAUAGUUUUGGACGUAGAGCUGUCAAUAUUGACGAUGCCCAACGGCUAGAACGUAGAGGUGGUCCACAUGGUUCGCACGAUGGACACACUGGUAACCAUGGUUACGAUAGUUUUGGACGUAGAGCUGUCAAUAUUGACGAUGCCCAACGGCUAGAACGUAGAGGUGGUCCACAUGGUUCGCACACUGGACACACUGGUAACUAUGGAUACGAUAGGUUUGGAGGUAGAGCUGUCAAUGAUGACGAUGCCCAACGGCUAGAACGUAGAGGUGGUCCACAUGGUUCGCACACUGGACACACUGGUAACUAUGGAUACGAUAGGUUUGGAGGUAGAGCUGUCAAUGAUGACGAUGCCCAACGGCUGGAACGUAGAGGUGGUCCACAUGGUUCGCACGAUGGACACACUGGUAACCAUGGAUACGAUAGUUUUGGACGUAGAGCUGUCAAUGUUGACGAUGCCCAACGGCUAGAACGUAGAGGUGGUCCACAUGGUUCGCACGAUGGACACACUGGUAACCAUGGAUACGAUAGUUUUGGACGCAGAGCUGCCAAUGGUGACAAUGCCCAACGGCUCGAAAGUAGAGGGGGACCUAAAGUUGGCAAUGGUAUUGACGGCCAAGGAUUUGGUUGUAGAAGUGGUGGUUCUCUUAGAUUCGGUGGAAACAGUACAGAUACUCCUAGAGAUGAGGACGAUAUCCAUUUUUAUCCAAAUAUGGAAACGGAUCAAGAGGCUAUAUUGUAUUGUGAAUCUAUUUGUGAAAGUCAACCGCUCUGUCUAUCAUAUUACCUAUACAGAGGGAUGUAUGAUAACGAUGACAACAUAAGGUACUGUUUCACCUUCUCCGAAUUGAGCCAGGAUUUGCCUCUCGGUAACGGCACAGCGUAUGCCAUUGGAGACAAAACUAUGCAAUGUAUUAUGACACUAGAAGAUCAAGUAUACCAAAAUACAACCGAAAAGCUCAAAUAA